CAGGCACUUUCCAAACAAUCAAUUUCGAAACAUCGACUUAAAAUUUGACUGAAGGCAAAACCACUUUCAAUAUGGGAUACGACUGUUGCGGCCAACAGGCGCCAGCCCCGGAAAUAUUGGCCGAGUCAAUUGAGGCUCCGGUUGAGCAGACCAACGGCUACCAGCAAUCCCGCUCCAAUGACCACUGCCCUGAGACUCUCGACACAAAGAGCCCCGGUCAAGGAGAGCGCACUCAGGGCACAUCGGAUGAUUGUUGCUCUUCUGGCAAAUGCGUGGAUGACAAAACCGAGCAUGACACUGACGCGCCUGAUUGCUGCCGCGGCAAAGUCAGCCCGUGCUGCGACACGUCUUGCCUUGAUCGCUUGGCAAUGCGAGAGUGUGAGAUGAAUGCUGCGACUGUCCUCGGCCUUGACACUCAGCCAAACGCAUGCGGUGGAGCGACUGAUGGCCAGGCAUGUAGCCAGCAUAGUCUGUCUGUCCUCGACCGCUAUGGCGCUACUCUGCGAACCUUGGGAUGCAUUUGCCGCGCUCUCAUUGCUAUUGGCCAGGAAACUUGCUGCGACGUCCGCGAGCGCCGCUCUCUCGAUGGGAAGAAGUGUUUCAAGGACUCGUCGGGUCGCUCCCCUCUUCAAACUUCUCCUGAUUACGGUCGCAGUAGCGAAUCUAUCACCAAGGACCAGGCCGCGAGGAACCGUCUUCGCCUGCGAAAGGGUGCUGGUGAAAACGUCACGUCCACUAAACCCGCUAGGCAGCCUUCUACAGACGAUUGCGCUAGCUCUUGUUGUUCAAACAGCAAGCCCGCCACGAAGGGUCUCUUCAAAAGCAAGUGCUCAAAGUCAUGUUGCUUGGAGGGUGAACCGGCCGAGGAACCACUGCUGCAGGACAAGUUUGUCGAUACUUGCUGCCCAAAGGCGCCAAUUGCGGACGUCAAGAUCAAAAUCAAGCCUUCCGGGCCUUGUCAAGCUGGCGACGAUGAAGCUAGGAAAGAAAUGCCGACGGAUAACUGUCCUGGUUCUUGUUGCUCUGACGAAAACCCUGAAGCUCUACAUAUCAAGGACAAAUCUGCAGGAAUUUGUUGCGGAAUAGCCAAGAAUGAGACUACCAUAGAGCCAGCCAGUGCCGCUUCUUCCAGCUCUUGCCUCAAGCCACCAAAGCGGGAUAUCGCGAAGACUCCAAAGACUGGAUGUGUGGACUUAUGCUGCACAAAGGAUCGGCCGAUCAGCCCUCAGAGGUCUUGCAGCGAUGAUUGCUGCUCCUCUCCCGCACCUGAUCCUGUGCUGGACAUCGAAAAAGCCCCAAUUCAAGCCAACACAGACAUAGAAAAUCAGGGCGCCGGCAAAGAACAUGUAGUGCUUAGCAUUUCUGGUAUGACCUGUACUGGUUGCGAGACAAAGCUCAAUAGAACUCUCGCUACUGUCCCCGCUGUCAAGGACUUGAAAACCAGUCUGGUUCUCUCACGAGCUGAGUUCAACAUUGAUCUUCGACUGGGAUCAGUAGAGGAAGUAAUGAAACAUCUAGAGCGAACGACCGAGUUUAAAUGCGAAAGAGUCCAGAACAAAGGAUCUGGCCUAGAUCUUAUCGUCCCCACUGAGCCCUCAAAGUUCCUCAGUCAGACGUGGCCAGACGGCGUUAUCGACAUGGCACUCGUAGACGACCAGACUGUGCGAGUUGCAUUUGACCCGAAGAUAGUCGGAGCUCGAGACCUGGUUGAGAAAAUUUGGGGCCCGCCAAUCGAGCUUGCUCCUCCACGCGGUGACCCUUCGCUAGAGGCUAGUAGCAAGCAUGUUCGCCAUGUCGGGUACAUGAUGCUUCUCUCUGCUAUCUUGACGAUUCCGGUGCUAGUUAUGGCUUGGGCGCCACUACCUAAGAGGGAGGUAGCAUAUUCCUCGGCUGCACUCGCCUUGGCUACAAUUGUUCAAUUUAUCAUAGCAGGCCCUUUCUAUCCUAAGGCUCUAAAGGCUCUUGCUUUCUCGAGGGUUGUCGAGAUGGACCUCUUGAUCGUCCUAAGCACGAGUGCUGCAUAUGUGUUCUCGGUGGUCUCUUUUGCAUACCUCAUUAUAGGGAAGCCUCUUUCGACUGGCCAGUUUUUUGAAACAAGCACUCUCUUGGUAACCUUGAUUAUGGUAGGUCGAUGGGUUGCCGCUCUCGCUCGUCAAAGAGCCGUUGAAUCCAUUUCUAUCCGGUCACUUCAGGCAUCGACAGCUAUUCUUGUAGACCAAGAGAGCGGAACGGAACGCGAGAUUGACGCGCGGCUGUUACAAUACGGCGACACAUUCAAAGUCCUCCCUGAUACCAGGAUUCCGACUGACGGCACUGUCAUCAAGGGAUCAUCUGAAGUUGACGAGUCUAUGCUUACUGGCGAAUCCAGACCAGUGGAAAAAUAUUCCAAGUCCGUGGUGAUUGCUGGUUCUAUCAAUGGAUCUGGCGUUAUGACUGUUAGGCUGAACCGUUUGCCUAGCGACAAUACUAUCUGUGCUAUUGCUGCGAUGGUCGAUGAAGCUAAACUCUUGAAACCUAAGCUACAGGAUCUGGCGGACCGAGUAGCAUCCUACUUUGUCCCGAUUGUGGUGGCAUUAGCGACGAUCACAUUCAUCAUCUGGAUUGCAGUGGGUAUAACUAUCCGUGGGUAUGAUGGAUCCGAAGCUACCAUUCAGGCUAUCACUUACACCAUUACUGUCCUCAUCGUCUCUUGCCCCUGUGCCAUUGGAUUGGCUGUUCCUAUGGUUAUUGUGAUUGCAAGCGGAAUCGCGGCGGAGAAGGGUAUCGUCUUUAAGUCUGCAGAUGCUAUUGAAGUUGCUCACAAGACAUCACACGUUGUUUUUGAUAAGACAGGGACCUUGACUAGAGGAAAGCUUUCUGUUGUCGCUCAGAAUCAUGCCGACAAGAGCAAGCUCCCGCUUCUUCUUGGCCUCAUCGAAAAUAGCCGACACCCAGUAUCCCUCGCUGUGGCUACUCAUCUUAAGGAAGCUGGAAUCAUAGCCUCGGCUGUUGCUGAGCCCAAGAGCAUUACUGGUAAAGGUGUUGUAGCCAUCUUGGGCGGCCAGAGUCUUCGAGCAGGCAAUUCCCGCUGGGUCAAUGUAACGGAGCAUGAACUUGUUCAACCAAUGCUUGCUCAAGGAUACACAGUCUUCUGCUUCACUAUCGACAAUACGUUAGAGGCGGUCUACGGUCUUGAAGACGAGCUCCGACCUGACGCGGUAGAGACGAUUAGAAUCUUGCAAAGGCGUGGUAUCUCGGCCCAUGUAGUUUCUGGCGACGAUGAUGGAGCUGUGCAGACUUUGGCGUCCAAGCUUGGCAUUCCUAGCGACCUUGUGCGUUCUCGAAGCUCACCCGCCGACAAGAAGGAAUACAUCCAGAAGCUCCUUGGUACGACUACAGAUCGUAAACAACCGGUUAUCGUUUUCUGUGGUGACGGCACGAACGAUGCUGUUGCUCUUGCGCAGGCGACAAUCGGCGUCCAUAUGAACGAAGGCACGGAUGUCGCGCAAUCUGCUGCGGAUGUAGUUCUCAUGCGCCCUUCUUUGGGUGGAAUCCUCACUAUGAUGAACGUCAGUCGGAAAUCCGUCAACCGUAUCAAGUUCAAUUUUGUUUGGAGCUUCAUUUACAACACCUUUGCGGUCCUUCUCGCUGCAGGUGCUUUUGUCAAUGCUAGGAUUCCUCCGGAAUUUGCGGGACUUGGAGAACUGGUAAGCGUGUUGCCCGUCAUCGCUGCUGCGGUGUUACUGCGGUGGUCGACGAUCUAGGCCUACCUUGUUUCACAAGUGAAUUCUUCCGUCAUAUUCAGUUUGGGAGAUGUGAGAAGUAGACAUAGUAAAAACGUAACCAAUCUUUAUUAAGAAACUAUCCAAACUAAACUGUAGCAAAUAUAUUCAAUC